GAAGAAAGAAUAUAUUGUCAUAACAGCCCUUGUAGUGAGCAUAACAAUUUCUAGCCAUUUUCACCAUGGCUGUUCUCUCUGCAAGUUCUAAGAGAGUAUGUGUAGUGGGUGCCUCCACUUAUGUGGGAAUCUGGAUUGUUAAAGGACUUCUCCUUAGGGGUUACACAGUGCAUGCAGCAACAUUUCAACAUGGAGGAGGAGAAUCAGAGACAGCAAGAAAGUUGAUUGAAAUGGGUAGAGGUAAUGAAGGAUUGAAAUUAUUUGCAGCAGAUGUGUUGGACUAUCAUAGUAUUGUAGAUGCUCUUGAAGGCUGCUGUGGUCUCUUCUAUGCAUUUGAUCAGAUUCAAAAUGCAUCUGGAUAUGAUGAGAGGAUGGUGAAAGUUGAAGUUAGAGGAGCUCACAAUGUGUUGGAAGCAUGUGCUCAGACAGAGACCAUCAAGAAAGUAGUCUUCACUUCCUGUUUAUCUGCUGUCAUCUGGAGAGGGGAUAAAAAAUCCACUGAAGAUCUUGAUGAAAGGUUUUGGAGUGAUGAAGGUUAUUGCAGAGAAAUAAAGUUGUGGUAUGCCUUGGCUAAAACACUGGCAGAGAAGGCAGCAUGGGCACUGGCUAUGGAUAGAGAACUAAACAUGGUAACCAUAAAUGCAGCUCUGAUUGUAGGACCUGGAUUUUCUACUCAUAAUUCAGCAUCUACUUUAGCAUAUCUCAAAGGAGCAGCACAGAUGUAUGAGGAUGGGGUGUUAGCAAGUGUGGAUGUGAGAUAUGUAGCAGAUGCUCAUAUCUGUGUAUUUGAAGAUCCAUCUUCCUAUGGAAGGCACAUUUGUUUCAAUCAGAUUGUUAACUGUGCACAACAUGCAGUAGAUCUUGCUAAAAGUUUAAGACCACUUGUGACAUUACCAGAGAGUUGGGAGGACUCAAGGGUGUAUCCUCAACGUUUAAGUAAUAUAAAAUUGAGCAAGUUGAUGGUGGGCAUUGAAUGCCAGACCAUGAAGUUGGAUGGGAGCCAAUUUUGAUGCUUUGGUAUGCAUAAAUGUUUAAUUUUAAUUGAAUAUGGCUUGCUUAGUGCAAUAUAUAAAGUCAAAUAUUGCAAAUUUUGGCAAGGAUGUAAAUCUUAACAAGGUAAUUUGUUAGGCCAAAGUCACCUCCAUAUGGAUUGGAAAUGUCUCCACAUUAUGAAGUCAAAUCAGAGAUACUGAUAAAUGAUUAAACUUAUAUGAAGAUGGCUAUCUUAUUUACUCUAAUGUGGCUAGCAUGAGGUUAAAUCAGA